GGGUCGCCGGCCCUCUUCCGCGCUCGCAGGGGCCUCCAUUUUGUUGGUAAAGCAGGAGGCUGGUCGAAGACGAACUGUGCUCUGUGAGUUGCUCGUGGACAGUGUUUGAUCCGUGAAUCGUUUCUCCCUGUUAAGGGAGGGAGGUUUGGAGGUCGAGAGGGAGUCGCCGCCACCGCCCGAACUCGAAGUCGCUAGGACUUCUCUCAAACUUGUGUGCUGAGGAGACUCGAUGGUGGCCUCAGCUCCUAGGCUGAAAUCAGCAGAUUGGCUCAUGAAAACUUAUGUAUUGAGACAAAGGAAAGGAUCUAGCAGAAAGCAACAUCUCUUAUCCUGGGCUUGGCAGCAAGGAAGAGGACAAGUAGUGGAGAUCCUGCAAUCUGAGAAACAGACUGAAAGGUGACAAAGAAGCUCAAGAUGGGUGGUGGAGAGAGGUAUAACGUUCCAGCCCCUCAAUCUAGAAAUGUUAGUAAGAGCCAACAACAACACAACAGACAGAAGACCAAGGAUCAGAAUUCCCAGAUGAAGAUCGUUCAUAAGAAAAAAGAAAGAGGACAUGGGUACAGUCCAUCAGCAGCUGCAUGGCAGGCCAUGCAGAAUGGGGGAAAGAACAAGAGUCUUUCUAAUGACCCAAAUUGGAAUGGUAGCCUAACAAGUCCAAGCUUGCUUUUUAAGUCUCAGGCCAACCAGAACUAUGCUGGAGCCAAAUUUAGUGAACCACCCUCACCAAGUGUUCUCCCCAAGCCACCAAGCCACUGGGUUCCUGUUUCAUUGAACCCUUCAGAUAAGGAAAUAAUGACAUUUCAACUUAAAACCCUACUUAAAGUACAGGUUUAAAUCUAAGUAUUAAUUUUAAAUUUUGUGAUGUUCAUAUGUAGCCAUCAGUUGGUUGGACUUUAGAUAAUUUUUAUAAAACUAAUUUACAACUAUAAGCAGACAUCUGAUUUAUGUCCUAUGUACACUAUAUUAUAAUAGUGUCAUGAUAAUUUAAGUAGCUAAUCCUACUUGGUAGUUUUGCUAACCAAAUUCAAGCUUAGAUAUGGAGAACAGUAACCAGCUUUUUAUUGUCUAGUAGGAAAACAAAAGGAAAUUAGUAAGCAUCUAGCUAAGAUAUAAAGGCUGCAAACAAGGCGCACAGUUCAUUUACAACAUGUUCUAGAAACAUACAAACCCUAAAACACCGCAGGCAUCUUUUCAAAUAGCUGCCUCUUGUUGGAAUGAGGUGAAGUACAUAGUAUAGUGGUCAUUUCUUAUGCACUGGAUAGGCAUGCAUAUACCAAAUCUUUUAUAUUUUUAUUCAGUAGCAUCCUACAAAGCUUGUUUGAAGCAGGGAGUUGUGUACCAUGUAAAUACAUGUAAUAAGCUUGUAACAUAUGUAAAGUUUUCCUGGCCUUUAUUCUGCAAAAAGCAACUUAUUUUUAGUGUGAAUUUGCUGGUGAAUAAGACUAUGAACUGUUUUUAUACUAUGGCCUAAUUUUAAAGGUCUCCAGUUUUCAAAAAAUUGUCCUUGUGCUUAAGUGCCAGUGUAUCGAUGUAAUUGGUGUGACUGUAACCAAUACAAAGUGAAUCUGUUGUAUGAAGUUUUUAUAUUGAAAGGCUUUAAGCUGCCAAGACAUUUCCUGUUUUUAAGAAGAGAUGUAAGAUGCAGCAAGAUUCUCUGAUUUUUUUUAAACCCAAAGAUUCAUUUUGUCUUUAUCAAAUCAUAAAAGUGAUGAUUUUGAUUUAAGUGUGACCCAGGAUUAGCCCAAACAGCAAGUUACUUUUCAGUGCCUAUAAGUAAAAUUACCAAUUUGUAUUUCCUCAAUUAAGUUCAGACCAGAUAUUGCCCAAAUCAAAAUACUUAGUAUACUAAAGGACAAGUUCAUAAAAUUAUGAUCUAAUCUUGAAAUAUGAAAUUCAAAAAUAAAAACUUUUCCUCCCCAGUA